CUCAAUCUUUUAUAAUUUAUAUCAUUAAAUAUGCAGUGUGCCUUUUGUAAGGAAGUCAUUAGUGACGGCGCUCAGUGUGUGAGCUGUCGUAACGAAAUAGGUUUUUGCUGUGCUCAAAUUACGGAGGCGGGAUAUAGAAAGCUUGGAGCUGACCGCAGAUCGGCAUGGAAAUGUCAUAAAUGUCGAAGGGAUGCAUCCCCGGCUCAGGUUAAACCAGCUGACAAGAAGGAGGCGUUACCAGUUCCAGCCAAAGCAACUGACCUGGAUGACGUCAUGAAUAAACUGCUAAGCAUGGAACGGCAUCUCUCCAGUAUUCCUGGACUGGCUCGAGAUGUUGGAAUCCUCAAAACUGAAUUGUCUGAGGUCAAAGACUCCCUCAACUUUGCAAGUGCGAAGUUAGAUGAAUUUUCCGAACGUCUGGUUGAAGUGGAGCAAAGAAUACCUGAAUUGGAAGAAGUCGGUGGCAGAUUCCAGGCGCAGGACAAAGAGAUACUUCUAAUGAAAGAGGAACGCGCGUUAAUUAAUCAGCAGAUGCGUCUAAAUAAUAUUGAAAUAAAAGGAGUCCCAUUAAAGAAGAACGAAAAUCUUUUCUCAAUCAUGAUGGAUAUUUGUACGGCUGUGAACUUUCGUGUGGACAAGAGCCAUAUUAACCACAUAUCCAGAGUUCCUAUUCACAACUCCAGUGAUAAGCUUAUAAUUGUGAGCUUUAUUAAUCGGCAUAUCAAAGAAGAUUUAGUAGCGGCAGCCAGACUUAAGAAGACCCUCGCGGCGGAGGAAAUCGGCUUCCAGGGAAACACCCAGAGAAUCUACAUUAAUGACCACCUUACACCCGAGAACAAGAAACUAUUGUCACUAGUUAAAUCGUCACUAAAGCAGAAGGGAUACCUCUACGUGUGGGUCAGAUACUCUAAAAUUCACGUACGGAAAGACGACAAUUCUAAAGUGCACAUAAUUAAUACCGAACGAGAUUUAAACAAAUUGCUUUAAAUUGGUGUAUUUUCAAUUUAUCGUCUAAUUAUGUCACUUGCUUGACGUUUUUGCUUUUGUUAUUAUUG